CAGAUUGACCAAUUUGCUUGCAAUUGUACUAGGGUCAGACAGGUUUACUGUAUAGAUUAAGAUACAGAAAAACUGGGAUAAAGGGACAAUUCAGAGUGCAGCGCAUUUGUCAUCCCUGGAUUGAGGUACAUUUUCUGAGACAUAUCUCACGCUGGCACUUAAUCUAUAUAGGAAGCCUGUCUGACCCUAGUGCAGCUAUAAGCAAGCGCUUCGGAUCUGCUGGCUACAGUUGACUUCAAAGUUACACAGACAAAAGGAAUACACAAACGCUUGAAUCAGCAUUCAACACUCUUCGUACAUCGCAGGCAGAUUAUUGCUGGAAAGUUUUGUGGAAGUUGUGGAACAUGAGUUUCAAGCGGCAUUGGUUGAAUCUUGUGUUUUUAUUGGCCUGCGCCGAACUAUGUCUGUCUCAGAAAAAUGAGCGGUUUAAUGCUGGCGUUGAAGACCGAGGCUUCACGGGGGAUGAGACAGCGGCGGGGGUGCAGGUCUCCCUGGAGGCCUGCAUGGUUCUGGACAGUCAUCUGACCACUGUGUUCUUCCCCAUUGUCUACAUAGUGGUGUUUGCUGUGGGGCUGCCCACCAACGCCAUGGCCAUCUGGGUCUUCCUGUUCAGGACCAAGAAGAAGCACCCUGCCGCCAUCUACAUGGCCAACCUGGCUCUGUCUGACCUGCUCUUUGUCAUCUGGACACCUCUGAAGAUCGCCUACCACUUCAACGGUAACGACUGGAUCUAUGGAGAGAGGCUGUGUAAAGUCCUGGUGGGCUUCUUCUAUGGGAACAUGUAUUGCUCCAUCCUCUUCAUCACCUGUAUCAGUGUCCAGCGCUACUGGGCCAUUGUUUACCCCCUCUCCCAGGAUUGUAGGAACAACCAUGUAGCCAUCGGUGUCUCGGUCGCAAUCUGGGUGGGGGUCUGGCUGCUAACCACCCCUCUCUACCUCUACGACCAGACAGUCAAGGUGACCAACCUCAACAUCAUCACCUGCCACGACGUCACCCGGCCAAGCCAGAAUAGCAUGGCUGCUGGCUUCUUCCUGACCAUGGGAACCCUGGGAUUUGUAGUUCCCACCGUGUUGUGCGUGGUGGUUAACGUUCUGAUGCUCAAGUCCCUGAGGAACUCAAUGACGGACGCCAGCAUCACCAAGAAUCGGCGCAAGGCUAUGGUUCUCAUCAUUACUGUGCUGAUCAUUUUCCUGGUCUGUUUCACCCCCAGUAACAUAAUGAUGCUGGUGACCUACUCUCUCCUGCUGGCUCAAGUAGUACACAAUGACUACGGCUUCUACAUCACCACCCUGUGUCUGGCCAGCCUCAACAGCUGUGUGGAUCCAUUCAUCUACUACUUCAUCUCAGAGGAGUUCAGGGAGCAAGUAAAGAACACGCUGAGGUGCCGGAGCCAGAGGGCAUGAUGAGGAUCUCGUUCACUGAAGUACUUCAAGAUGAGUAACACCAUCCAGGUUUGGGGUCAAUUCCAGUCAAUUCAGUAAGUACUGAUUAGGAAAAUGUGGAAUUGGAUUGGUUGAUUUGGUUUACUUUCUGAAUUGUCUGGCAUUAAAAUGGAAUUGACCCCAACCUUGGUUACCUGCACCUCAGACUCAGGGAACACACAGAGCAGCUAUGUUUAGGGGGGUUGUCAUGUGGAGAUCAAAGUUGGCUGUACUGAUGUUUUUAAUGAACUGGACAGGUUAAAGGGAAUACCGGGUUGGUCUCAAAUACUAGGUGUCUUUCACCUAACAUUUUGUUUUCAUCAUCAUCAAUGGAGAGAGAGAUGAGAUGCAACCCCAGACUACUUCAUAUUAUGUGCUUGUUAUAUUUCCUCCUCUCCCCUCAUACAAUUUUAGUGCAGAUUUUGUUGGUUUUAUCUAGAAAACAAAAUCAGAAAGAGUGUGUUACUGAUCCAUCCUCCACAUUUAGACAGUCAAAGAUGUCCAUUAUGUUUGUUCCAGCACUGAGCUCUCUGAAACUGUUAACUUAGUUCUUAGUGCCCAGCACUGACCCUUCACUUCUGGCAACAGGUAUUGUUCUUUAUCAAGUGAGCCAUACAUGACCUACUGUACAAUGCCUAGUGAAAGUCUAUACACCACUUGCAUAGUGUCAUGAUGUGGCCCUUUCUGGGUAUAGGUUGUGGCAUCCCCCUCUCUCUUUCACGCUCUCCUACACCGAGGUUCUGUUAUCGCAGGCCAUAAAUUCCUGGAGGAGUUUCCCUCCCCCUGGCCAUGCAGAAAGAGAGACGCAGAGAGAACAAAGGAUUUCACAUGGCGAACUCCUAAAUCCACAAAACAACAUGUCCACUUGUGGGAAUGGUCUGUGGACACUUAAGUGACGGGUAUGACAACUGUGUUUUCUUUGGUGACCUCAGAGAGGACAGGAAACACACAUAACUAUAUCUCUGAAUGUGUAUGAAUGAGUAAAGCAGAAACAAUUUGUGAAAUUAUGUAAUGUGAUGUUAAACCUUUAACGUGAGAGAAUUGAAUUCCCUUUAAAGUUGAAUUAAGUCAUUGGCCCGCCCCCGUGAGCACAGACAUGAUCUGGCAUCAUAGAACCACCUUUUCUAUUGUUACGAAUAAACCCCCCUCCUGACGAAAUCCUCUUCAUGUCACAAAAACCUCAGUGUCCGUUCAUGUUGCAAUGGAUGUUGAAUUCCUAACCAUACCCGGUGGAGCAUUGGCCACACGGGUGGAAAUGGUUCAACUCUGAGACUAUCGAUCCCGACAGAAUAAGAGCAAAUCUUAGAGACUAAUUACUAGUCUGCAGACAGAAAAUAUGUAAACCUGGGAUUGUGAAUACCGAUACCUGCCGAAACAUCUAUGAGAACAUUUCGGAAUGGUACUCUGAAGUAUCCAUUAUAACCACAAAAUACUUUGAUCUUCAGGGAAGCAGAGGGAGGAAGACUCAGAUGAACUGACUCCGCAGAAGGACCGGAUUCCAACAGAAAUCACGACACUGGGAGUAAAUGUAUAUUGAUUGCGAUUAUUCACGAAUGAGUGAGCAUUGAUGUGCAAAGGAUUUUCAAUUCAUAUAAUUAUCAACUGUGUAGUGAUUCCUUUUGUCUUUUCCACUUCUUUCUCAGUCCACACCCACUUCCCUUUGUCCACCAAGCUGUCAUAUCGGCUUAGCCCACUAGGGAAUCUUCCCUAUCAUUUCCUUGUAACCAUAUCUACUGUUUGUUUGUUUAUGCAUUUAUGUGAUUAUUUAGUUAGUUUGUUAAUAAAUAAAUGAUUAAGCCAA